GGGGAGUGUCUCAGGUUUCCAACACGCCUCAGCUAGUUAAGAGUAAGAGUAAUAAUUAACAGCUUCUAGGACUUUAUUAGGCUGUGGAGGGACAUCUGUCAGGAAGAGAGCACCCUGCCAUGCUCAUAGGAAAACAAGGCAAAUCCUCUCCCUUCCUCCGUAGUUCUGACCUCCCUCCCAGCCAGUUUGAAUGAGUGGAGAAAAAUGACCACCAAUCCUCACCAAUCUUCUCUGAUUUUCAUCAAUGAGAAGAAAUCCAUUACCAGAGAUCAGCUUAAUUUUUUACUGAAGACCUACAACAUUUUUUAUGGAGACCAGAAGAACCGACAUAUUGUAUAUGGUGAGAUUGAAGAUGACAACCUAGUUAUUGAGGGAAUUUUGGAUAUAUUCUGGGGAGUACAAAGGCCUAUCCGGCUGAAAAUACAAGAUGAAAAGCAGGUUCCUUCUUUUGCCACCAUCAAGUCAUCACCUUUAUUCUCCCAGAAGGGGGGUAUGACUCGCUGGGGAGAAUUUGAUGAUCUCUAUCAUAUCAGUGAACUGGAGAAGAAAGAGAGUUCUGUGUAUGAAGCCAAAAAUCCCCAGGAAGAUGAUGUGUCUUAUAACAGCAGCACCCUGAAGCCUCAGAUGGAGGAGGAACUAGAUUCUCCCUUGCUAUACAGAACAAUGAGUGAAGCAGCCUUGGUGAGAAAGAAGAUAAAUUUUGGCAAGAUAGAGAGAAGAAAUCAACAGAAUCACAGAGUAUCAAUUAAUGGCCACUUCUAUAACCAUGAGACAUCAAUUUUUACUCCAGCCUUUGGAUCUGAAACCAAAGUGAGAAUAAAUAGUAACAUGAGAACAGAAGAAGUAAUAAAACAGCUUCUACAAAAAUUCAAGAUUGAAAAUAACCCCCAGGAUUUUGCUCUUUAUAUCAUCUAUGCAACUGGAGAAAAGAGACGGCUAAAGAAGACAGACAUUCCCUUAUUAGAGAGGCUUUUGCAGGGUCCCUCACAAAAGAAUGCCAGGAUUUUCCUCAUGGAUCAAGAUGCAGAAGAAAUCAGCAGUGAUGUGGCUGAAUACAUUCACUGUCACCUUUCUUUUUUGGAAUCAAUCCUUCAAAGAUUAAAUGAAGAAGAAGCACGAGAAAUCAAAAAAAUAACUACAAAAUUCAAAACAGAGAAGGCUUUUAUAUUAAAACAUCUUCAGAAUAAAAUGAUAGUAAAAACAGAGACAACUGUAUAGUGUAAUAAACACCCAUAAAUCAAAAACUUCAACCAAGUAAAAAGUAUUUGCAUACCUAAUGAGUACAUGUAUAUUGUAGGUACAUGCAUUACUAUAGAAACUUCAAGCUUGUAGAAAAUCAACUGACCAGGAAAUUUUAUUUCCAUAUGAAGAGAUGAAGUUGCCUUUAUGUUAUACUUGAUGCCUUUAUAUUAUAUUUGGUCCACUAUUUAUUCUGAAAAUUAGAUUUCCAGAAUAGUACUCUUUUUUUUUUUCAGCUAGAGAGGCAUUUUUAUAUAGUGUGAAUUUAAAAUGUCUCCCUUAGCCUGAAUUUCAUCAACUUUUGCAAGAAAGGACAAAUGAAGUGGAAAUUAAAGACUGAAAACACUUUAAAAAAAAGAGAGAGAGAGAUGCAUUCCUUAUGUUGUGAAAAAAUUUACUUUCAACAUGAAUGGAAUUUAUAGAUCACUGAUGACUCUUGGACUUUCACAAAAAUGAGGAUGAUCUUGCAAACUGGCAAGUAAACUUCUAUGAUGUGUGUGUAAUCCUGCUAAAACUCCAGAGGACCAAAAACCACAAGCACUUAGUAAACUGCAAUAUCUACAAGUGUUCCUUUCCCAGGGUUACUGGGUUACUUUGGCCUGAAGGAAUUUCUAUAUAAGCAGCAUUCCAUCUGGUAAAAGACCUUAUCAGAAAUUCACAAAGUUGUCUCUAUUAUUGUUUUUCAGAGCUGAUUUUUGAAACACAUGUUUAUGUUCUGAAAACAUAACAGGAGUUUGGGAUGUGUUGUUGUUGUUAUUCAUAGUUGUUAGUGUCAUCCACAACAAUUUUUUAAAGCAAUUCUUUGUAAGGGUCAAUAGGUCUUUUUCUUAAUCUACCUCUACUUUUAUUUCUCAUGGAUAUUGUCUAAAAAAUUUCUAAAACAUUUUAUUUGUGAUAUAGACUAGAACUCUGUAUGAUAAAUACACAGCUGGAAAAUUACUUUUUUAAAUAUUAAAAUAUAUGGCACAGUUGUUUCAAAAACAUAUAAUUCCAAAUUAUCACCAAAAUACAGACUAAACAAGAGUGUGUUUGUAUACAUUAAAUUAUAUUAAAGACCUCCUUAUAUAGUGUAAUAUGUGUGACUGGGCUUUCAUUAUUCUAUUUACUUUGUCAAGAAAAAGAUAUCCACUUGUUAAAUGUGAGGCUAAAAAUAUAAACUAUAACUCAUAGUAGUCUAAUUUAUAUAUUCAUAGAUAAUAUGCACUAUAUGCAAUUCUUACCCUCAAGGAGCUCACAUUUUCAUGGAAAAUACAACAUGCAAAUGACAAUUUCUGUAUAAAAUAUAUGCAGCAUAAAUAUAGGAACAUCUCAAAAAGAAAACAUUAGCGGGGGGAAGUAGGACAAGACAAGGCCUCUCAUAAAGCUCUGAGAUUUGAGCUGAAUCUCAAAGGAGGACUAGCUCAAGGAGGUAGAGGUGAAAAGUAUUCCAGCAGGAGGAUGACCAAUACAAAAGCCUAGACUUGAAAAAUAGUGUUUCACAUGUGAGGAACAGCUACUUAUGUAGCUGGACAAUAGAGAAUGUAAAGAAGAGAAAAUGUAAGAAAAAAAGAAAGAAGGGGAGCUAAACUAUUGAUCCUGAAAGUGACCAAAAACUACUAAAGUUUAUUAAGUUUAAGUUAGAGACAUGACAUGCUCCAACCUGAACUUUCAGAAAAUCUCUUUGGCACCUGAGUCAAGGAUGAAUUAAUAUGGGAAGAGAUUUUUUUAAUUAAAGCUUUUUAUUUUUCAAAACAUAUGCAUGGAUAAUUCUUCAACCUUAACCCUUGCAAAUUCUUGUGUUCCAAUUUUUCCCUGCCUUUCUCCAACCCCUCCCCUAGAUGGCAAGUAAUCUAUGUUAAACAUGGUAGAAAUGUAUGUUGAAUCCAAUAUGUACAUAUAUAUUUAUACAAUUAUCUUGUUGUCCAAGAAAAUAAAAUCAAACUGGAAAAAAAAGUGAAAAAGAAAAUAAAAUGCAAGCAAACAACAACAAAAAAAUGAAAAUGCUAUGUUGUGAACCACACUGGGUUAUCAGAAUUGAUCUGAGUCAGGGAGACUGAGUUAUUGCAAAAGUCCAGGCUGCAGAUGAUAAGGAUCUGUAUUAGGGUGAUGUCUGUAUGAAUGGUGAGAAGGGAAUAUAUACAAGAGAUAUUGUGAAGAAAUAAAUGAGUAAAAUUUGGCAAUGGAUUAGAUGGAUCUAUAGCAUGACUGAAAGGGAGAAUUCAUAGAUGACACUGAAAUUGUAAGCCUGGAUAACCAGACUUACGCAGACUCACAGUAGUAUCUGAGGCCAGAUUUGAACUCUGAAAGAUGAGUCUUCCUGACUCCUGGCCCAACAUUCUAUCCAUUGCAUCAUCUAGCUGUUCUGGAAAAGCCAUACUUUGGAACAGUUUUCAGUUGAAUGAGUGUUUGAUACUCAGAUAGCAAAUGAUUGGGAAGGAAGCGAAGAUACUCACUGCAAAAAACUUUCUCAAGGUGUGUGGGAAAAGAAACAGAGAUGUAGAGUGAUAUCUACCAAGACUAACAAGUGAGGUUUUGGGGCUUUUCAGUUUGUUUUGGGGCUUUAUGCUCAAAAAUUACCUCUAACAGGAAGACAAGCCUAAGCCAUGUUUGGGCUUUCUGGGAGAUGAGGAUUUUGGAGAAGUUGCUUGGACAGUUCAGAACAGAAGUGAAAGAGAAAUAGCUUCCUACCUAUCCCAGAAAAUGUUUCUUAUUUUGAUGUUUUUAAUAUCAAUCCUGUAAUGGGAAUUACAACUCUUUAAUUUUUUUUCUGUAAUCUAAAUAUAUUAUUUUUUACUAAAGCUUUUUUAUUUACAAAGCAUAUGCAUGGCUAAUUUCCCCAACAUUUACCCUUGCAAAACUUUUUGUUCUAAAUUUUCUCCUCCUUCCACCUAUCCUCUUCUCUGGUUGGCAAGUAGUCCAAUACAUGUAUAAUUUGUUUAAUAGUUGUUUGUCAAUGUGUAGCAAUGAGUCUUAUGUGUAUUAAGUAUUUAUUUUGUAGAGAAAUAAAUAAAUUAUCAUACUCCUAA